AAGCUCUACAAAGCGUUCAACAUCUCUAUAAAGAUUUCACUAGCUCUAUAAAGCUUCCCCCUAGAAAUGGUGGCAAUCUACUCCAAUUAAUAGCAUGGAUUUGGGUAUUAAUUUAUCCUUAUUCACAAAGAAAUGAAUGUAGGAGUAGAAAGGAUGAUCAUUUGGAAAUGCUUUGUUUACUCUGUUUUGGCUCUGCUGCACAAAAACAGGACUCUUGUGCUUGCUUGGAAUGGGCUCUACUAAUGGUUUAGUGAGUGCACAGGGAAAGCAACCAAUUUUUUCCUUUGGAGUUAUAUCAGACGUCCAGUAUGCUGACCAGCCUGUUCGCCGUUCAUUUGCUGGUGUUCUUCGGUAUUAUCGACACAGCAUUUGUGUGUUGCAAAGGGCAAUCCAUAAAUGGAAUGAGAUACAGAAACUUAAAUUUGUGGUCAAUUUUGGGGACAUUGUUGAUGGUUGUUGCCCCAAAGAUCAAUCUCUUAAUGCUGUUAAGCUUCUUGUUGAUGAAUUUGAGACUUUCAAAGGCACUAUCUAUCACAUGAUUGGAAAUCACUGCCUGUACAAUCUUCCUCGUGACAUGUUACUUCCAUUAUUGAAAAUUCCUAGUCUAAAUGGUCAUGCAUACUAUGAUUUUUGUCCAAUCUCGGAAUACAGAUUUGUAGUCCUUGAUGGCUAUGAUAUUAGUGCCAUUGGUUGGCCUCAAGAUCAUCCAAACACUAUUGAGGCAUUAAAAUUUCUUAGGGAGAAAAAUCCCAAUUCAGAAAAAAACAGUCCAGAAGGGCUGAUGGGCCUGGAGAGAAGGUUUCUCAAGUUCAAUGGAGCGGUUGGAAAAGAACAAUUAAAAUGGUUGGAUGGAGUGCUUGAGGAUGCAACAAAGUCGAACCAAAAAGUUGUACUCUGCUGCCAUGUGCCUUUAGAUCCUGGUACAACGUCCCAAGAAGCACUUUUGUGGAAUUAUGACGAAGUAAUGGAUGUGGUACAUAGAUAUAGUUGUGUCAAGGUUUGCCUGGCUGGACAUGAUCACACAGGCGGACACUCAAUAGACUCACAUGGGGUACACCAUCAUGUAUUUGAAGCGGCGUUGGAGUGCCCUCCCGGAACGGAUGCAUUUGGAUAUAUAGAUGUUUUUGAUGAUAGGUUACUGCUUAUUGGAACUGAUCGAAUGAAGAGCACUGAAAUGAUUUUCACUCCUUAAGCAUGCCAGAUAAUAUCAUCCUGCAGAAUCUCCACCUCUUCUUCUUCUUCUUUCUUUCUUUUAAAUGAUAAUCUACAACUUGUUCUUUUUUUCAAUUUGAUUUAGAGGAAAGUGUCCAAGGCUUUGAAUGGAUAUCAAUAUUGAAAUGGGUUUCCUCGCUAGGAGUUGAAAUUAACAGCUAAAAAGCUAUAAGCAAUAAUAUGCAAUUUCAGUGCGCUAGAUGUUUUAUGACUUCAAUUCUUACUUGUAAUAUUGCAAUGGCUACCUCUGUCCUUGAAGUUUGCGGUGGAGCAUCAGUUAUGUAUGCCUUAUUGUUUGGAGUCAGUCUUAUAUAAGCCUUGUAUAGUAUUUAAAGCAUUGAUGCUUGUGUAUCAUGCAUUGCUACUUAAUUUUUGUUGAACAAGCUCUUACUUUUGAGAUUCCAAAUUUGGAUAGUGAUUUUGGCUUUUCAUUUUCUUUCUCCA